AUGGAGCUCGACAUAUCAGACGUUAGUUCUGAAGCACCAGAACUGGAAGAACGGGAAAAACAGGAAAAACCAGAACGGGAAGAACUGUACGAAUCAGCAGAGCCUCCCCGCCGAAGGAACCGUGGUAUUGACGAUAGCAUCAUCCACGCCCAUGGUGAACUCCUCAAAGCUUACUUGAGCAUUCCAUCUCGAAUCUCCAAGAGAAAUUCCGAACUCAGUACUUGCAGAGACCUACUCGAAGGCUACAGAGCCGAGAACAUAAUCCGACAAAACGAAGCCAACAUCGAACAGAAAAUGCGACGAUUCGAAAACGACGAGAAAGAAUUCGUGGAACGUUAUAUCAAACCUCUCAUAGAACUACUCCGUGCACAACCAACGAUCAAGUGCAUCCCUGAGAACAAGGAAGUCAUGGAGCUGUAUGAGAGACGUCAUGAGUUGGAGGAAUUGAUAAAGAGGUAUGAGGAAGAUCCUAAUCUCAUGGUACAUGGAGAGGAGUUUUUGAAGUAUUUUCAUGAGAGAGUAUGGCAGGAACAUUUUGUGAAAGUUCAGGAGAAUAUUGAUUGGUGUGAGGAUGAUAUUGAGGAAUGUAAGAAGCUGCGAGAGGAUUUGAAGAUUAUGUUGGUGAACUCGGGGAUUAUUUUGAGGGGGAGAGGGAUUCCGAUGAGACGGAUUGAUGAUCGUGGAAAUCCUGUUGAGAAUUAG